GUGUUUUCAGCUUCUUCUUCUUCUUCUUCACAGCUUCUUGAUAUUUUGGAAGUUUUAAGCAAAUUAGACAAUUUUAAUCAUUGAGGAAGAUUAAAAGAGUCUAAUCAAAUCAUGGGGUGUGUACCCAGAAUUGGAUUUGGUUGUUCAAGCCAUUAUCUUGGUGAAAACCUUACUCUUUCAUGGAACUUAAGAGCAUGGAAUUUGGGAAGACUGACUACGAUUUCGCAUUUUCGGAAACUUCCUUAUCCUUUGGUAGCUUCUACUCGAAACCAUUACAAGAACAGUUUGCUUUUGAAGAGAUUUUUAGUUGGUGUUGGCACAGAGGAAUCAUCAUUGUCAGAAGAUUCACUAGAUGAAUCUCUUUCUCGACCUCUCACUAGUGAUGAGUUGAAGUCACUGCUCAUCGAUACAGAGAGAUCGAAACUUGUUAAAAAACUGAGUGAAGCUAAUCAACAGAAUCGGUUCCUAAAGCGCCAGCUUAAAACACAGGAAGAUGAGAUAACUAACAUCAAAAGUGAGCUUGCACUUAUGGAACUUGAACUUCAGGCUCUGGUCAAACUGGCGGAAGAAAUAGCAAACCUCGGUAUUCCAGAAGGUUCUAGAAAAAUCAGCGGAAAGUACAUUCAGUCACACCUUCUCUCUCGUUUAGACGCUGUUCAAAAAAAGCUGAAGGAACAAAUAAAAGAUGUUGAGGCUGCACAGUCAAAGGAGGUUCAUGUGUUCUGGAUUGGUAUGGCAGAGAGCGUACAAGUAAUGGGAUCAUUCGAUGGAUGGAGCCAAUGUGAGGAUCUAUCGCCUGAGUACACAGCUUUAUUCACCAAAUUCUCCACCACAUUAUUCCUACGUCCCGGGCGGUACGAGAUGAAGUUCUUAGUGGAUGGAGAAUGGCAGAUCUCACCUGAGUUUCCUACUUCGGGAGAAGGAAUGAUGGAGAACAAUGUUUUAGUGGUGGAAUAGCCACUCAUCUUUCUACAUUACACAUUUAGCUUUGAAUCCACAGAGAGAAGAUAGAUAGGCUCCAUGCACAUCAGUAAUUUCUUGUUUUGUAUGAAAGAGCUAUUGGAAAAAGGAGAAGGAAGAAGAGCUAGUGGUUUCAGGUUAUCCCGGAAAACAAGUGCUUGAAAGACUUUAUCUCAGUAGAUUCUUCUCCAUUCAGUGUCUUCGGGUCAGGAGACAUUUAAAUUAACUAGGGAGAUAACCGGGUUUUGGUUAAUGGUAUGGGAUUGCGGUUGAGGAGAAGCCAUUAAAAUUCAUCAAAUGUAAUAGCCAAACAUUGAUUAUGAGUUUUACAUUCAAUCAAAUCAGCUCAAAAUUUGUAUUUUAUUGUUA